CUGUGGACGACCCGAUCCAACCGAGGGGGAGAUUUCACUAAUCAGACUUCGGAGAAUCUCAUCGCUACCGAGAGCGAUAGAAAUGGGAGGACACCUGCUCCGCCACCAUCUCCUCCUCCCUCUGAUCAUUUCAUUGUUUCUUCUGUCAUACUCUAAGAAGGCUUUCGCCGAUCCCGGCGCCUAUUCGAGCAGCGGCAGGACUUCCGGUUCGAGAGUAGAGUGGCAGGCCCUCACCAAGGGAAAUUUCUCGUCUCAGAUUCGCCUUCACCCCCAGAUCCUUCUCGUGGUCACUGUCCCUUGGUCUGGUGAAGCACGAACAUUAAUGAAGGAAGUCUCAUACUUGGUGGCCAAUGACGAGAAACUUAAAUUUCUAAAACUAAUGGUUAUUAACAAGAAUUCUGAGAAGAUGCUAGCUGAGAUCCUUGGUGCUAUAGAUGAGAUAACAAUAUACUACUAUCAUAAUUCAGUGUCACACAAGUAUCAUGGGAGAUCCAGCGCACAAAGUUUGCUAUUUUCAGUCCGUUUCUUUUUGUCACUUAAGCCCGAUGAGGUUCCUCUGAAGCCUCUGCAAACUCCGGAAGAUCUUGAAAACUUUUUCAAAUCAACAGAUAAAGCUGUUCUUCUCCUUGAUUUUUGUGGAUGGUCAGCCAAACUGAUGGCCAAAAAGCACAAUGAAAAUUCUGGGACUCCCAUGGCCUCAUUCAAUUAUUCAGAGAAUGUUGACAUACCUACGCCGAGUAUUUCUAGUGAUCCUCUGGGGGGCUUUGACGUAGAACAGCGAAAGGGUAAUGAAGACAGACUUACAUGUGGUGUUGAAGAUGGACUGGGAAGUUUGGAUUGGUUUAAUGAAUAUACUUUAGCUAAUCAUAGUGCUCCAGAACAAUUAGAAAAUGGAGGUAGUAAUAUGUCAUGUACAACUGAAGAAUUUAAGCGGUUUGAAUCUUUUUUCAACCAGUUCACUUCUAUUGCAAGAGAGUAUUUUCUACCUCCUGAGAAGCAAAGAUUCGGAUUGAUAUCUGAAAUUUCUUUGUUACCCUUUCUCAAUCUUACUAGUCCAGAUAAAUGGCUAGUUGUACUUCAUGUCUCUGGAUGUUCUAAUUGCACAAUGAUAGUUCCUGAAGGAGAUGAUCUGAGAAAAAUUUUGCAAACACAUCAGUCUAUAGCGAUGGAGUUUGAUGAUGAUCUUGAGCCUGCAUUUCCAGCAAACAGACCUUCAAUCAUUUUAUUCAUUGAUCGAUACUCAGAAUCGUUGAAAGUUAGAGAAGAGAGCAAGUUAUCUCUUGAGGUUCUUAGAAAGUUUGCUUCACAAAAUCAGCUUUCCUAUCAGACAGAUGGACAGAAAAAUAAGAGAAACAUUGGUGGUUCUUUGGAAGAAGCUUUCUCUAGAACAUGGGACAGAAAUGUGCCCAUUUCCUCUGGUCAUCUAACUAGAAAAGCUUCUCCCAAAAUUGUGAAAAUCCAGGAUAAUAUGGCUAUUAUGAUAGUCAAUGAAGGGAAGGAAAUUUCUCUGCAAAACACUGCCCUUGAAAAUCACAACAACCCUGUUUAUGAUAUUCUAACCCAAUUACUUCAGAAAGAAAAUCCAGCACUGAGAGUAAAAGAAACAAAAAUAAGUGAAGUAGCAAAGAAAGCUGGUUUUGAGCUCUUAUCUGGUGAUUUUGAAGUGCAAACAGUAGAAUCUCCCAUUCCACAUAAUGGUGAUGAUCAAUUCAGCGAAGUGAUUAUGACUUCAAUCACCUUGUUAAAUGAUCCUCAGGAACCUACUGACAGUCAUCAUGAUGCAAACAGUGGGUUAUUAAGUGAUAAAGAAAAUAGAAUUGAAAAUGAAGGAAAGCAAUCUGUGUAUUCAGAUGUUGAUAUCCUUGAACCUGAUGAAGUGACUCUUGGUGGGCGUGAGCAUGCUAAACCAUUAAUUGAAUCUAUCAAAGAAGUUCCGGAUAAAUGUGAUUCAAAGGAAACACUGGUUUGCAAGGGUGACCAAAUUUAUGAACAAGAAACAGGAUUGACAUAUAAUGAUGAAAAUCUUGUUUGCUUGGAACAGGACAUGCCUAAGUCAGAGGGAUACCUUCAACAAGAGGAAACUAAUAAAACUGAUCCUGCACCAACCACACCAACUUCCAAUCAUCUUGAGACAGAUUUUGUACCCAGUUCUUCAGUUCUUUCUGCAGGGAAUGACAUAGAAAUCACUGAAACAUCCAUAACAUUACAAAAACUAAAUGAACUAGGUUAUCAGCACCAUCCUUUUCUAGGUUCAUUUUUCUUUGCAGAUGGUAAUUAUCAGUUGCUAAGAACCUUAACUACAGGUUCCAGGAUUCCAACCCUAGUAAUUCUUGAUCCUCUUCAGCAGGAGCACUAUGUACUUCCUGAGGAAAUAGAUAUUAGCUAUCCUUCUGUAGUUGAUUUUCUACAAAAAUAUCUAGAUAAAAAUCUUACUCCAUAUCAACACUUGGAAUCAUCACCCAAAAUUUCUAGGGAGAUGCCAAAGCCUCCAUUUGUGAAGUCAGAUUUUCAUGAAGUUGAUUUUAUACCUCAAGUUACUGGUAGCACCUUUUGCGAUCUUGUUAUGGGCUUUAAGCCUUGUGAAAUCAGUAGUAACCUGCCAUUUCCCAGCUCAAAAGAUGUUAAACCUGCUUGGAUGGUUGAUGUUCUUGUGCUUUUUAGCAAUUCUUGGUGUGGAUUCUGCCAGCGUAUGGAGUUAAUUGUGCGUGAAGUGCAUCGAGCAUUUAAGAACUUCAUGGAUUUCUCAUUGAUUCAGUCAACUAGCGGUGAUCCUAUGCAGAUCAAAGAUAAGAAAGAAGACUAUCUGCUACAUAAGUUCCCAAAGGUCCUCUUAAUGGACUGUACCUUCAGUGACUGUGGUUUAUUUUUAAAGCCACUUGGUAAGAAGGAAAACUAUCCAGUAGCACUGUUAUUUCCAGCAGAGAACAAAAGUGCUGUCACCUAUGAGGGAGAUAUAUCAGUGGUUAGCAUAAUGGAAUUUAUACUAUCUCAUGGAAGCAAUUCUCAGCAUCUGAAUAUGCAUAGAGGCCUUCUACGGACACACUCAAGGAAGGUAACAAGGGAUGAAGAAAUCUCAUAUCCAACAUCCUUGACAAUUGAUGAGCAAGCUCAUUCCGCUUCCGAGAAGUGCAAUGAACUCAUUCUUAAUGAAGCUACUACUGCAGACAGCAGGCACCCACUUGAACUAGAUUCACCAGUCACCUUCCUUGACCAACACAAGCACGUACUCGUUGGAUCCAUUCUCACUGCCACAGACAAGCUCCUUAAUGCUGCUCCAUUCGACCACUCUAGAGUACUUAUCGUAACCGUUGACCAGAACCAGGGCUUCCAAGGCUUGAUAAUCAACAAAAGGAUAAGCUGGGAUGUGUUCAAAGAUAUAAGCAGUGAUCUAAUCUCUCUGAAGCAGGCUCCUCUUUUCUAUGGAGGUCCAGUCGCGCUUCAAAAUUUGCCCCUUGUCAGCUUGGUCAGGAAACCAAAAGUGGGUUAUAUAAAAAUAACAAAAAGCGUCUAUUUCGGCAAUCCAAGUGUGACCCGCCAAGCAAUGGGAGAACUCACAUCAAUGAAAGAAUCUAUUGAUGAUUAUUGGUUCUUUUUGGGUUUCUCAAGUUGGGGAUAUGACCAACUCUUCAAUGAGUUAGCAGAAGGUGCAUGGCACUCGAGCUCACAACCUGUUGAACACCUGGAUUGGCCAGAAGUUUAAUUAUGUCAAACAAAAUGCAUACACUGAAUGAUGGAUGCAUUUUUUGGGUAUCCAUGAGAUAGGUAAUACGAUAUGAUCACUGAGUGGGUUGACAAGACAAACGAUUGUUAAGAACAAAACAAAAUUUUUGUUUGAUGCAGUUUGUUUUUGUAAACUAGAUUUUUUUGUUUUUAUUUUUAUUUUUUGUAAGAAUGACAAUUGCCCGCACUUAAAAUUGUGAAAAUUUUAGGAA